UUUGUAACUGCUCCAUUUCCAAACAUAAAUUUUACAUUUUCUUUAUGGCUCUGCUCCGUUUGUCUUCUUCCUUUUGCCCUUUCUUGCAGAGAGCUUCACAACAAUGGCGUUAUAAAGGAUGAGACUUUUUGAAGCAAAGGACGUUCUCAGUUUCCAUUGAAUUUCUCUCUGGACCCACAAUAAGAAGUUCUGUCUGGAAAUCUUUUCCAUUUUUUUUCUCACGGGUUUUUGAAAGAUACAAAAAAAGGACAAGAUUUAGUGAAGACAAUAAAGAGAGAUGAGGGGAUUUGUCCUUACGAUUCUUGUUCUGCUUCAUGCUUCUGCUCUUCGUCAAUCCACAUGCGCUGUCUUCUCAGCCACAGAAGAAUCUCGUGCUCCUCAACCUUCAGCUUCCAUGGAUGCCUUAUCUCCUGGGGCUCAACCUGGGGAAGCUGGAUUGCAUAAUGUGGAUACUCACAAGAGAGUAGUAACUGCACUUGCAGCUGCUUUUGCUUCAGUUGGUAUAGUCUUGGUUUGCUCUCUGUUCUAUUGGGUUUUCCAUCGGAAAAGCUCUUCGAAUUCAAAGCAAGAGAGCCUCAACAGCUCAGAUUGCGAGGGUAGUAGAAUAGCAUUGCCGUGGUUGUUAAAGCGAACGAGCUGUGCAAAACCGUUCAAGAAGAGAUCUAAAAAGCAGACGAUUGAGCUGAUGAUUGAUUACGAGACAAUUGAAAAGGGGACAGGUAGUUUCAGGGAGACAAACAUCCUCGGUCAAGGUGGGUUUGGUUGUGUAUAUACGGUUAAGCUAGAAAACAAUGUGUUAGCUGCGGUUAAGAAGUUGGAUUGUGGCACUGAAGAAGCGACUAGUGAGUUCAAGAACGAGGUCGAGAUAUUGAGAAAGAUGCAGCACCCGAGUAUAAUAUCACUCUUGGGUUACAGCAUGACCGAUACCACGAGAUUCAUCGUGUAUGAGCUGAUGCAAAAUGGCUCUCUUGAAUCUCAAUUGCAUGGUCCUUCUCGAGGUUCUGCCCUAACAUGGCAUAUGCGCAUGAAGAUAGCCCUUGAUACAUCGAGAGGGUUAGAGUAUUUGCAUGAGUAUUGCCAUCCGCCGAUCAUUCAUAGAGAUCUGAAGACGUCUAACAUACUUUUGGAUUCGAGUUUCAAUGCUAAGAUUUCAGAUUUUGGGCUGGCUGUUACUAGCAGUACAAAGAGUAACAACAUUAAACUUUCUGGCACCAUUGGCUAUGUUGCACCGGAGUAUCUUCUUGAUGGCCAAUUGACGGAGAAGAGUGACGUUUAUGCAUUUGGAGUGGUACUGUUAGAACUUUUGCUCGGAAGAAGGCCUAUGGAGAAACUGGCUCCCACUGAAUGCCAAUCUAUUGUCACUUGGGCAAUGCCUCAUCUCACUGACAGAACAAAGCUGCCAAACGUCGUCGACCCUGCAAUCAAAGACACCAUGGACUUGAAACACCUCUACCAGGUAGCUGCAGUGGCGGUGUUGUGUGUACAGCCAGAGCCAAGUUACAGGCCUUUGAUCAGAGACGUUUUGCACUCUCUUAUCCCUCUCGUCCCUAUGGAGCUCGGUGGCACUCUCAGAACUGCCUCCUCCGUUGACCAUCGUUGACUUCCGGUUUACUCCACCGUUUGCUCUAACCGAACCGUCUUUUUGGGGUUUUCCUGUAAAUUCGAACUGUUUAAGUGGAUGAAUUUCAAUUGGUUCAGAGAGACUUUUUGGUUGGUUUGGAAAACCGGUUUGGUUUCUGAAUUUCAGUUGGUAUAAUUCGGUUCAGUACA